AUGACGCCCUUGGCACAUGGUAUUGGCCAAGCCUUCGCCGGCCGCAUGCACAGCCUGAAUGAGAUCGACUUCAGGCAGUGGGAGGAAGUGCAGCGCUACUGUGGCAUUGCAGGCCCGGACACUGGAAAAGCUGGUCGCGAGUCCAAGGGCGGCCGGGGUCGGCGUGGGAGAUGA